AUGUUGGCGAGUUUCUAUUUGUACAGCCUCGGCACUUCUGAUGAACGUUUGUCAAGUUAUGUGGCAGAGACUAAACAUCUCCUUUUUAAUGACAAAACUGGACAGGAAUCCUUUGAUUUGACUUACAGAUGGUUCACAGACUACGAUAAAUAUAUUUCACUUAAUGGGAAAAAAACAUUUUCUGCGGAUGUCAAGUUUAUAAUCCAAAAUGCUGCAGAAAGACUGAAAGCGUCUCAAAGUUCGUGUCAUGUCUGUCAAAAUGUCAUUACUUACUUCUACUUACUUCGUCGAAUUAUUGAAUAUAUGGAACAGCUACAUGGACCAUUUGAUCAAGUAAACAAGUUUCGAAAGCUUCUACUGGACCAUUUGGGGCGCGAAUUCAAAGAUUCUAACGGAGAAAAUCCGAGUUUUUCUUUAAAGAACAAAGACAUAAUACAGCAAUUAAAUGUAAUGGAACACAUUGCAUUCAUCAGUAUUGACGGCCAAGAAGCUUUACCGAAAUUGUUUGCAAUGUGUAAGUUAACCUUUCAAUCAUUUGAAUCUGCCGAUAAACCAAAUUACUUAAAUUGGAAAAAACUACUGACGAUGAUAAUGGAAUGGAAAUUAUCAUUGAAAGAUUUUGUGUCGAAAUAUAUUACAUAUCAAAGUGUAUUUGCAGCAUAUCCUCUCGAUGCGUCAGCGUUUGUAUAUCUUAUGCAGAUGCUUCCAUCGAAGGAUCUGAUGUCGUUUGAAAAAUCUCGCGACAUGCUCAAUAAAUUAGUUAUAGAUUAUGGCGUAUUCUUCGAAGAAUAUCAUUUUCUUUUCGAAGAAAAUGUGAAAUCAAGAUUUUAUAAUAAUGCCUAUAUUACGUCUUUGUUACCGGUCCUCCGUCAACUCGAUAUUACUUUGUUGAAAUAUUUACGAACUUAUAUGUCAAAUACAAGUUUUCCUAUGAUAUGGAGUAUGGUUUUGUUUUUUAGUAAAAAUCAUGGUCUAGACGAUACACUGGAAAAUGCUCUAAAGAUAAAUUUACAAAUACAGAUUAGAAAAAUAUUUAUCACGGUCACGGAAUUUAAAAACUUGUUUAAAGACACGAAAGAAUCUGCUCAACUGAUAAAGACUCAAAAUCGAAUGCGACUUUCCCGAAUAUUACAAGGAAUAUCUCAUGCGUAUUUGUACAAAUAUUUGUACCUUGAACACCAAUCUCAUCUACUUUUCGAAUGGGAUGCAAAGGAAUUUCUAAGCGUUUUAACUCAAUUGUCGUGGACACUUGAUUCUAAAAACGAAUCCUGCUUAUUCGUUUUGAAACAUUUGCUAUUUCGUGUAAAUGAUGUUACGAACAACAAACAUGAAAAACUGAAACGUCUCUUCCAAAGAAUCAAUAAUCUAAAUGAAAGGCUAUGUGCAACUGCCAGACCCGAAAAAAUUAUUAAAGACGAUUGGCUCAUCGAUUAUACUUAUGAUAAUCCGUAUGAUUGGCUACAGUUAACUCAACAUGAUUAUCAAAGUCUCUGUGAAAGUCAUCAAAAUAAUAAAUGGUUGCUUUAUAUUUGGUCAAAACUCGUAUCUUUAUCCAUGUCUAAUUUAACAGCUAAUGAUUGUGAAUAUUGCAUUCUUGAACAAUUGAACAAAUGGAUGGUGACAAUUCAACAUGAAAAAUAUCAAGAUACUGAUCCAUUAACAGUUACAUUCGUUUAUGGCGUGUUCGAAUCUCUUAUUUACAAGCAAAUUAAAUCAUUAACAUCACUUCCAAAUAUCCAAACAAUAAUUUCGUAUAUUAUGGAUGCUCGAAAUGCUAAUUCACGUUGGAUAACUUCCAAAAGUAUGGUGGAAGAGUUUGUCGAAACGGUCGAACAAUUAAUUCGAAAUGUUCUACUCCUCGCAGGUGCUAAUACAACAUAUCGUCAACUAUCAAAACCAUCUAUUAUAUAUUGUUUUAUUCAAUACGUCGAUUUUAAGACUAUAUUAAGUAGAGCUGAGCCUUUAAAUUAUAAGUUUCCAUUAACAGCGCCACAUAUUAACAUGAUUAUGGAUAUACAGAAUCCAAGUGAUAUUAGCAUAUCCACGAUUGAAUCUGAAGAAGACUUUGUUCGUUUUAUAAAGCAAACAAAUGUGUGGCUCGAUUGGUUUGAAAAAUUCGUUGAUAUUUUUUUAUACAUUGUAGAAUGGAUGAAAAGCUAUAAAAUGGAAAAAGCUGAUGAAUUAUAUCGUGAAAUGUACUCUAUGAGAAGUGACUCAACAUUAACUCUAUUUAGAACCAGUUCACUUAUUCGAGAACUUUUGAAAAUUUUCGAAUCUUUAACUUAUCUACCACGUUUAUGUGUUUUAUUUAAUUGUACUCAAUCGUUUGAAAUGAUUAUAACAGGAAUCCUAAAUUUUAAGAUACAAGCCAACACUGCAGAUGAAAAACUUCUUUAUAUCGACGAGCGACGUCAUGUUCAUUGGUCUGUUGCAUGUGAGCAAACUCUUCACAAUGUCACUGUAGAAUUUCAAUUAGAUGGUUCUAUCAACGAAAUCUUUCAAUUUUAUUCAGCGCCAGUUCUUUCUCCGUAUGAAGGCAUCUUGCGAGGAGAAUUUAAGACACAACGAAAUGGACAAUUGAGAAUAAAAGCCACUAAUAGCAACCAAAAGGUCCAACAUACGUUACGAUAUCAAAUCAAAAGUAGUCCUCUGACAACGUGUCAUCUAUUUCAUGGUAUAUUUGAUAAUCAUUUUCGAAAAUAUUUCCAAUCAUCAGCUACAACAAUUAGAAAAAAAGAUUUAAUCCAAUUAAUCGACGAAGUAUUUUCAUUCAUCGAUCGUUUAUUAGACGGCACUAUAAGUUUAGCUGAAAUGAAUGAACUUCGAACAGUUUUUCAUGAUAAAAACAUUAACGUUCGAUCAGAAGUACAAAAAUUAAGUGAAAAUCUAUUAGCCGCCACUCAGUCAUUGAAUUCAAACACUACCACUACUUCAAAAACAUUGAGUAAUGAAAAAACUGAACUAGUUUGUGAAUGGGUUCAAACUUAUCAAUAUUACACUCAUCUCAAUAUAAUCACCGACUGUGUAGAAAAAUUUCAUAUAAUUUCUACUGAAAAUAACGAUGAAUCGAUGCAUCAUCUGCAAAAUUUAACUAUGGAUAAUAGUCGUUUGUUAAGAGAAAUAUCUAAUACAUAUAGAGAUAUUUAUGGUUCGUUUAAAAAAUUAUCGAAUGAACAUUUACAAUUGAUUAAAACUGUAGUAGCAUGUCCAAAUGUUGUGACAAUGGUGAAAAAAUCAAAUUUUUAUUCCGCUGAUGGAUUACGUCGAUUUCAGGAAUUAAGAGAUAAUUUAACCACACAAUUUCAAUUUCAAGAGAGAAAUAAUAUGAUUCUUAACAGUUGGAUUUUCACUGUUACUUUAUGUGAACCUUUUGUUCAGAACGCACGUAAUUUAGAAGAAUUUAUUGAUAAUUUAGCUCGUUUGAAAUCAAUCGAUGAGAACUCAUAUGAACAUAUCAAAGUUGUCAAUCAGAAUAUUGAAACUAUCAAUUUAUGGUUAUCAGCAGACGAUUUAACAAUGUUAGACAACGCUUUAAUCAAGAUGGAACACUUAUACACAACAGGCAUCAUUAAUAUUCACCUUCAACGUUUGGUUAAUAAAGAAUCUCAUUAUGAUAUUGAUUAUUUUAUUGAUAAGACAUCUGAACAAACAUCCAAAACGAAUGAGAAUGACGAAAAUCAUCAACUGAAACAACAAGAAUCAGUUAAACUUACUUUAUCUAUGGCAGAUAUUCAUGAUCACAGACGUCAAUUAACAUUUGGUAUAUCUGAUUUAGCAGACAAUAUGGUUUAUCAAACAAUUCUAUUAGAAGAACAAUUGAAGUUAUUACAAAUGGUGGAAAGAGUUUUUUCAAUACAUCUUAAACUGGAGAUCUCAGGUCAUCCAGAUUUUCAAUGUUUAGAACGACAUUACGAAAUCUAUGAUUUAUACGGUCAUAUCAAACAAAUCUUAAGCAGUAAGAAAGAUCAAUCGGAUUUACAAUUUCAAGAACAACUUACGGAUCUAAUUGUCAAGCGAACGAAACAUUUUGAAACGGUUUAUAAACGAUUAGUUGGUGAUUAUGAAAGUUGGACGGAAGAUUUAGAAAAAUAUCGAUAUGAGAAUAAAUUAUUAACAUUAUUUUCAAAUCGGCAAAUAAUGAUUAUGAUUAUUCUUUUGACUCGAUCAAUAACGAANGCGGUUUUGUGCUCAUUUGAAAUUGUUAAUCAUCGGACAGGAUUGAGUGUCGAAAGCAUUUCAGAAUUUGCGUAUGAACAAGAAGUUCUGGUUGGCCCGUACACCGCAUUUUUAAUUGUUGCUGUACGUCGAGUUUCUGCUAACUAUGCCGAAAUCGAUCUACGAGAAUGUGACAUAGUGGAACACGAUCAAAAUGGUGGUGGUGAUGAUGAAGAUUUUGACUAA